CUCCCUCCUCCUUUCGCGGACCUUUCCUCUCCGUCUCGGCUGCCGCGGGGAGCGCACGGGUCGGCGGCGGCGGCUGAGCGGCGCGCGGCCAGCACCUCCGCUCGCAGCUCCCGAACCCUUUUCGGGGAAAAGCAUCGAGGAUUUUUUUUUUAAACCGGAGGGAGAUCGGGAGUGAAUCCCAGGAGAGAAAGAAAAAAAAGAAGGAAGCAGCGGCUGCACCGGAGUGGGUCCCUUGACCUCCCCGCUCGCGUGUGUGUGUGUGUGUGUGUGUUGCCGGGCGUGCAAAGCCACCUCCCUUGGUCCUUUGCCGCCGCCGAUGCUGCGAGCCGCGGCCGGUCGAUGGCUUGUCGGGUCCGGCUUCUCCUCCACCGCGCCUGUCUUCCCUGAUCCCGCGCGGCGUUCGGCUCGGAGCAGCAGGCAUGCGGGAUUGUGGCGCCCGGCGGCACGGGGCUCUUUACGCGGCGGCGGCGGCGGCGGCGCUCCGGCUGUGCCUGCUCCUCCUCCUAACUUUAUGGGUGCAGGUCUCCCAGUCCACGGGCUAUUUCGAGCUGCAGAUUAACUCGGUGAAGAAUGUAAACGGCGAAUUGUUCAAUGGGGAAUGUUGCGAUGAUGGCAUGAAAAGAGGCCCGAAUCUGGACUGUGCCCGGGACGAGUGCGAUACUUACGUGAAAGUCUGUUUGAAGGAAUAUCAGGCCAAAAUCACGCCCACGGGAGCCUGCAGUUUUGGCUCCGGAUCUACUCCCGUUCUUGGUGGAAAUACUUUUUAUCUCAACAACCGACAUUUUCAUCCGGGAAAAAGUCAAGACAUGGGCCGGAUUGUGAUACCUUUCCAGUUUGCAUGGCCGAGAGCAUUCACAUUAAUAAUAGAAGCCUGGGAUUGGGAUAAUGAGACAAAAGCUGAUGAGGAAUUACUAAUUGACAGAGUGACAUAUGCUAGUAUGAUUAAUCCAGAGGAUCGAUGGAAGGCAUUACAGUUGAAUGGCCAUGUUGCUCAUUUUGAAGCACAAAUACGAGUGAAAUGUGAUGAGAACUACUAUGGCCCACAGUGCAAUAAAUUCUGUGGCCCUCGUGAUGACUUUGUGGGCCACUACACCUGUGACCAAAAUGGAAAUAAAGCUUGUAUGGAAGGCUGGAUGGGUGAAGAAUGUAAACAAGCUGUAUGUAAACAAGGAUGUAAUUUAAUCCAUGGGGGCUGCACUGUACCGGGGGAGUGCAAGUGUAAUUACGGUUGGCAAGGACAAUUCUGUGACGAGUGUGUCACCUACCCUGGCUGCGCUCAUGGAAGUUGCACCGUCCCAUGGGACUGCAAGUGUGAAACCAACUGGGGUGGUCUGCUCUGCAACAAAGAUUUAAACUACUGUGGAAAUCAUCACCCAUGUGUAAAUGGUGGAACCUGUAUGAAUACAGAACCAGAUGAAUAUAGCUGUGCUUGCCAAGAUGGUUACUCUGGAAAGAACUGUGAAAUUGCUGAGCAUGCUUGUGUAUCAAAUCCUUGUGCUAAUGGUGGAACGUGCCGUGAAGUUUCAUCAGGCUUUAAAUGCCAGUGCCCUAGUGGAUGGAGUGGACCAACAUGUGCUAUUGAUAUAGAUGAGUGUGCAUCUAAUCCUUGUUUUGGCGGCGGAACCUGUGUGGAUCGCAUUAAUGGGUUUGAAUGUAUAUGUCCACAGCAGUGGAAAGGGGCAACAUGCCACCUUGAUGCUAAUGAGUGUGAAGGGAAACCCUGUCUUAAUGCUCAUUCUUGCAAAAAUCUUAUUGGUGGAUAUUACUGUGACUGCAUUCCAGGAUGGAAAGGAGUGAAUUGUCACAUCAAAAUUAGUGAUUGUCAUGGGCAGUGUCAAAAUGGAGGAACUUGUAAGGGUGAAGUGAAUGGCUACCACUGCAUCUGUCCUCAAGGUUUCAUAGGAAAAAACUGUGAAACAGAAGUUGAUGAAUGCCUGAACAACCCAUGUCAAAAUGCAGGUCAUUGUGAUAAACUGGUCAAUGGAUUCCGUUGUCUAUGUCUACAAGGCUACUCAGGAGAAUUCUGUGAGAUUGAUAUUGAUCUUUGCAAACCAAAUCCUUGCCAAAAUGGAGCUAAAUGUUAUGAUCUGAGAGAAGACUAUUACUGUGCUUGCUCCGAUGAUUAUGAUGGAAAGAACUGUUCACACCUCAAGGAUCACUGCAAAGAUAAUUCUUGUAAAGUCAUAGACAGCUGUACAAUCGAGGUCUUCACAAAUGCUACCCGGAAAGGCAUCCGCUUAAUCUCUUCCAAUGUGUGUGGGCCUCAUGGCCGAUGUGUCAGUCAACCAGGAGGCAAUUUUACUUGUGCCUGUGAGAAGGGCUUUACUGGAACAUACUGUCACGAAAAUAUCAACGACUGUCUUGGAAAUCCUUGCAAGAAUGGUGGGACUUGCAUUGAUGAAGUAAAUGGUUUCAGGUGCUUCUGCCAGGGUGGCUGGGAAGGAAAACUGUGUGAUAUCAAUGUUAAUGAUUGCUCACCAAACCCAUGUCAUAACGGAGGCCAGUGCAUUGAUUUAGAGAAUGACUUCCACUGUGAAUGCACAAAUGGCUGGAAAGGCAAAAUAUGCCAUUCAAGUGAAUACCAGUGUGAUGCAAAUACUUGUACCAAUGGAGGGACGUGUUAUGAUGAUGGUGAUACUUUCCGAUGCUCUUGUCCCCCAGAGUGGAAAGGAAGCACUUGCAACAUACCUAAAAACAGCAGCUGUACUCCUAACCCGUGUUUGAAUGGUGGAACCUGUGUUGGAAGUGGAGAUUCCUUUUCCUGUAUUUGUAAAGAAGGUUGGGAAGGGCGCACAUGCACUCAGAAUAUUAAUGACUGCAAUCCUCACCCAUGUUACAAUGGAGGCAUUUGUGUUGAUGGUGUGAAUUGGUUUCGCUGUGAAUGUGCACCUGGCUUUGCUGGUCCGGACUGCAGAAUUAAUAUUGAUGAAUGUCAGUCUUCCCCUUGUGCAUAUGGUGCUACUUGUAUUGAUGAAAUAAAUGGCUAUAGAUGCACGUGCCCUCCUGGGCGAGUUGGCUCUCGAUGCCAAGAAGUGAUAGGCUUUGGGAAGUCCUGCUGGCUGAAAGGAACAUCCUUUCCACACGGCAGUAGGUGGGAACAAGAAUGCAACAACUGCCACUGUCUGGAUGGCCACAUCGACUGCACCAAGGUGUGGUGUGGGAGGAAACCUUGUUUGUUUUCCAAACCUGUGGACCAUGCUAGCUACCAGUGCCCCAGAGGUCAAGAAUGCCAAGAGAAUAUGUAUAUCAAAUGUUUCCAACCACCUUGUGCUGACUGGGGAGAAUGCAGCGAAUCGGAACCCCUGCUUGCCAACAUCAAGUGUCCUCCCAAUUCAAACUACUUGGACAAUAGCUGUGCAAGAAUUACUCUGAUUUUUAACAGAGACAAAGUACCUCAGGGCACAACAGUUGAAAAUAUUUGCUCUGAAAUCAGAUAUCUACCAGCCACUAGAUCUAUUUCUAGUGAAAGAAUGUUUCUUGUGCUGUGUGAUCUGUCCUACUCUAUUGAGAAUGCUGUGGAAGUUGCUGUUUCUUUCAUCUCACCUCAAGAUGAGACUGAUAACAGCCUCAUACAGAAUGCUGCAAAUACUAUAGUAAAUGCCAUCACAAAGCGACAGAACAGCACAGUUAUGCUGGCAGUGACUGAAGUCAAAAUAGAGACUAUUGUGAUUGGGAAUCCUCCUUCAGAUUACCUGGUUCCAAUCCUCUGUGCAGUUUGUAGUAUCGUCUGUUCAACCUGUAUAAUAAUCUGUGUGUGGUGGACCCGAAAGAGAAGAAAAGAGCGGGAGAGAAAUCAUCCAUCCAGAGAAGAAGCUGCAAAUAACCAGUGGGCACCUCUAAAUCCCAUAUGGAAUCCUAUAGACAGACCUUAUAGUCAAAAAGUAAUUCAUUAUGAACACAAAAACUUUACAUCUAAAAAAAGAACUUUUGAUGGGGUAGAGGAGUAUGCAGAAUAUGAGGAGGAGGAGGAAGAGGAAGAGGAGAGAGAAGUAAUGGAGGUGGAUAAAUUUCUCUCUCACAAACUCUCAAAGCCUUUGUCAAGAAAGACGGCGGACUCAUUAGACAAUAGUCCUGUUACAAAAUCUCUUCAGACAGCCAAAAUGGACAAUAGAGCUGUAAAAAAUGUGAACACAACCAGUCUUGAAGGCGGAAGAGACUAAACCUGUGCUUGGACCAUGGCUGCACUGUCUGUCUUGACUGAGGGAGAAAUUGGCUUCUCUGCUUUGCAUCAAGGACUUAAUUGUCUGGAGACAAAUGUUGAUAGUUACUUUAUUUUGAAUAAAAAAAAAUUAAAAUAAUAAAAUAAAAAUUUUAUUUGUUUCUUUUAGCCUUGUAUAAAUUAUUUGAUGAUGACUGUCAGAUGAUAGAGUAAUCUUUGAUAGUUGCUAUUUUUGUAAAUUUUACUUAGAAUCCACUUGCUGUAUGGCAGACGAGGGAAGUUUCUAUUUCCAAUUAUUUCAUAACGUUUAUCACCCAAGACUUGACACUGUUUACAGAAUGGGUUCCUUUAUACAGCAGUGGCUUUAAAAACCUCCUGGUUGAGGAAGUUACUGAAGGGGGGGGGGCAUUCACAUGAACUGCUCUUUGGAAUCCUUAUUAAGAAGUUGCUCCCUGCACUUAAUUUCUAAGUCUCCCCCUCAGAAAAAAAAAAUUGCCUUAUUUUUGGGGAGGGAAAGUCUAUAGAGAUCUUUCAAACUGUGGUUGGAAAAAGUGACCUUUUUGAUUUGAAUAUGUCAAUUUGUUUUAAUUCCUUAGGACUGCAGUAUUGAUGCACGGGUCAAGUGCCUUGAAAUUUCAGCUUUCUUUUUUCUAUAGCAACUGUCAAAGACUGCCAUGGCCAUCUAGGUUUACCACAAUAGGAUACUUGCUAUCCUCAGGCUGAUAUCAUUAAUUUUCACAUUGUGUGACUGCAUUUUUUUGUAAAUAUGUACAUAUUUAAAUGAAUUACUUCUGUAUAUUUGAGUUAAUAACUUAAAAAUAUUUUGGUCUUUUUAAACGUCAUUCCUUUUUAAUUUAUGUCGCAGAAAGGGAAGUUUUAUGGCAAUUUCUAAGAAAAUAUAUGAAUACAAAAAAAACUUAUUUUGGUAUUAUGUCCAUAUUAGAAAGUGAUGUGAAUACAAUCAAUGUUUGGUCACAUUUUUGUACUUUUUCAGUGUAUCACAACCAUUUCACGUGUAAAUAGAUCCAGACGUUUUCCUCACUUUUCAAGAAUGCAGAGAGUAAGCAUACUGUACAGUAUAAAGAUAACAAGGCAAUAUUUUUUUUCUUCUCUUGUGAAUGUCUAUUACAUGUGGUAUUGCUUUUUUUUUGCAUUUUUUAAAUACAGGCCUAAUGAAGGGAACAAUAUUUUUCUCAUUUCUUGUUUCUGUUACACUUAUUCACCUCUUUGGGGGAAAAAAGGUUAACAGACUCAGACUGGAACUAGGCAUUACUGUAGACCCAUAACCAAAAUUAGUACUUCUGAGUCUCUUCCUCUCUUUCCUCUAAGAACUAUGAGUUAUUCAGAAUGUCGACACAGUGCUACCACCAUGUUGGGUUUCUCUGCCUCUAAUCCACUUCAUUGGCUGCUACUUGUUUAGGGGUGGGUAAACUUGCAGGAUAACAAUAUCAUAACAUAUAUAUUGUGUCAGUCGAUCCAAAUAGGGGAGAAGGAGGGGGAGAGUUGGGUUUCUCUGUUCCCCAGCUAUUAUAUUAACUGUUUCAUCUGCAAAGAUGGAAUCCCUCAUGAGAAAUGGUUAUUCAUAACGGAAGGCUUGUGCGUUAUUUGUGGGGUUGUGUUUUUUUAAGGCUUUAUUAUUACAGAAAUGAGUUAUAUCUUUCUUUUAAUUAUUGGGAAAACUUAACCCUACAGUACUCAGCUAUCCUGUCAUUGCAAAGAAAAUUGAUAUUUCUCUUUCAGCAUUUUGGCCACUCAGUGUAACCCUAAUGAUUUUUUUAAAAAAGAAACAUUUGUGUUUUGUACAUGAAUGCAAGAAUUGCUUUGCAGGAACUUCCAUGCAGUACAUUUUGUUUGACAUGUUCUAUAGCUUUCGGAAGAAAACUAUUUAUUAAAGCAUUUUAUAAGAA